ACACACACACACACUAUAGAACUGCAGAAGAGAGAGGGAGUGGAGUGAGAGAGAAUCUCUGUUUCAUCGAUGUGGUCUUUUUUUGGAGGUAGAAAAGCUGAACCAACAGCUGAAGUAUCAUCGAUCUUUAUCUACCCAAUAAAAUCGUGUCGAGGAAUCUCUGUUUCUAAAGCACCCAUCGCUUCUACUGGGUUCCGUUGGGAUCGACAGUGGGUAAUCAUAAACUCCAAAGGCAGGGCAUAUACCCAAAGAGUUGAACCAAAGCUAGCACUGAUAGAGAUACAAUUGCCAAAUGAAGCAUUUACUGAUGAUUGGGAACCUACAAACACGUCAUAUUUAGUAUUAAGGGCCCCUGGAAUGAACGAACUAAAGGUUUCUAUGAAAUCAUCUGGUAAAGUUAUUGAUGGUGUCACUGUGUGGGAAUGGUCUGGCUCUGCAUUAGAUGAGGGAGCUGAAGCAUCAGAAUGGUUUUCAAAUUAUAUUGGCAAACCCAGUCGUUUAGUGCGUUUUAUUGAAGGAUCUGAAACUAGGGCUGUUGAUCCAGAGUAUGCUCGUGGAUAUAGAACCAUGUUUUCUGACGGGUUUCCUUUCAUGUUGCUCUCUCAGGGAUCUUUGAAUGCGUUAAAUGAACUUUUCAAAGAGCCAUUUCCUGUUAAUCGCUUCAGGCCUAACAUCCUUGUUGAUGGAUGUCUACCAUAUGCUGAAGAUUUAUGGACAGAAAUCAAAAUAAACAAUUUAACAUUUUAUGGUGUCAAGUUAUGCGCUCGCUGCAAGAUACCUACAAUCAAUCAAGAAAAUGGGAUUGCAGGCAGCGAACCAACUGAAAUGCUCAUGAAGGUCCGAUCAGACAAAGUCUUACGUCCAAACGGUAAACACAGGGGAAAGGUAUACUUUGGUCAGAAUUUAGUCUGCAAGGAAUCAUUAACUCGAGGGAAGUCAAAGGUUCUUAAAGUUGGAGAUCCUGUUUAUGUCCUUAAGAAGGUCUCUUCAGUGGCUGAUGCAGCAGUUUGAAAUGGUAUACACGAUAGCAUUGAAUAUUGAUGUGGUUGGGUCAUUAUGGUUAAAAUAUUGCAGUGAUAUCUUAUGUACAUUCAGUUGAAUAAUAAAGACCAGU